AUGCCCGGCAUGCCACCGUCCCUCCCCGCGGCCCACACCGCCGAUGCUGCAUCACCACCGUCCGCUGCACCCAUCCGACCCGCCAAACCCGCUGUGUCCUCCCUGCGCUACCCCUCCAGCCGCAAGACCAUCUACGACCGCAAUCUCAAUCGCACCAAGACGUCGGAAAUCUCACUGGCUUCUUUCUCGUAUCUCUUCAACACGUUGAUUACCUACCACCACUCACGCUCCGGCUCCGUGUCCGAGAUUGAAACACGCCUCAACCGCGCCGGCUAUCCUAUAGGCACCAAGCUCCUCGAUUUGCUUCUCUACCGCCAGCCUCCACGCACCGCUGCUCGACCCACGCGUGUACUCGACUUGCUGCAAUUCAUCCAUGGCGUGCUAUGGAGGGCUCUCUUCAAUCGGCCCGCCGAUGCUCUGGAGCAGAGCAACACAAAGCGCAAUGAGUACAUGAUUGUAGACAAUGAGCCAUUGGUCAAUACCUUCAUCAGCAUCCCCAAAGAGAUGAGCCAACUGAACUGCGCGGCAUUUGUGGCAGGCAUCAUCGAGGGCAUGUGUGAUGCUGCUGGCUUCGCAACUGAAAGCGUGAGCGCGCAUUGGGCGGGUGUGGAGGACGAGAUGUGGCCGGGAAAAACGAUUUACCUGAUGAGAUUCAAGGAAAGCGUACUGGAGCGAGAGGAAUCUAUCAAGGCUAUGGGAGGUUGA